GGGAGCCAACAUAGCUAGAGUUAGAUGAAUGAUAUUUGGUGAAAGUAUGAACCUGGACAGCUGAACCCUGGAGAUCUCUUGUUUACUGAAGAUAGAAAAUGAGAGGCUAUGCAGACGUGCGAUGUCAAGCCUACAGCUAAUAAAGGCAAGCUGAGACAAGGACAGUAUCAGCCAAUCCUCAGACAAUAGAAAUAAGCAAUCUUAAUAAUGGCAUAAUAAGCUUUUCUAUAAACAAAAUACAGUCCCAAAGGCAAGAAUGGACUGAAAUGGUGACUGGACCCCAAGCGUUAACUCUGAUUUCUCUCCACAGAUGCUACUCGAGUUUUCCAGUAAUUUUUGUUUUUGUGUCUGAUUUCCAGAUUCUGCAAUUUUUUAAAGUGGGAUUAGACUGGUUCGGCCUCAGAUACUGAGAAAACAACUUGGGAGGAACCUUUUAAGAUUAGAUUAGAUUCCCUACAGUGUGGAAAUAGGCCCUUUGGCCCAACAAGUCCACACUGCCCUUUGAAGCAUCCUAGCCAGACUCAUCCCCAUCCCCCUAUAAUCCAUAUACCCCUGAACACUACAGGCAAUUUAGCACAGCCAAUCUACCUAGCCUGCAUAUCUUUGGACUACGGGAGGACACUGGUGCACCCGGAGGAAACCCCACAGGCACAGGGAAAACGUGCAAACUCCACACAGACAGUCACCAGAGACUGAAACCGAAUCCGGGUCCCUGGCGCUGUGAGGCCACCGUGCUGCCCCCAAGGCAUUAAUAAUAUGAAGGGCAUUAAUAGUCUCUCCAUGUUGUCAUGAAAUCCCUGCCAGUCUGGUACGACAACGACCAGCCGGUCGAAGAGUUUCUAUUGGUUGAUGUUGCAGUGACGGUGGUGGCGGCAAGUUCAAAGGGUGAGAUGUGGGCCGCACGCGGCUCAAAUUGCCCAUGUCCCGGAGCAUUCCAUGGCGACGCGCGAGCGUUCCGCCCCCGCGCGGCCCGCCGCAGACACCGAUGACGUCACACUAGGUAACCGAGUUGGGGUGAAAGGUCGCCGGUCGCGUCUUAGCAACGGCGCUGCAAGUCAGUCUCUGCUGAGGGAGUGGGAGAAAGCAGCGACUCCGGGACAAUAUCACAUCAAUCAGGCAGCAAUGUUGGACACCAUACAGUACGCCAUCGUAGAAAUCGGUAGAAACUGCUUCCUAACACUAUCCAACCUAACGGAAGACGACAUUGUCAACAUAUGGGCAAAUGUUUCUGCUUUCGUAGAUCGCCACAUGUCUCUCCAGAAGGGAGUGCAUAUCUCAGGCUUGGGGACUUUUACAUUUUCACAGCAAAGACUGGAUGUCGGCCGUAAGUUAAUUUUAAUUCAGAGGCCAGUAUUUGUGAUGUCUGAAAAAUUCGUGCAGAUCCAUGGAUUAUCCUACACAAAACAACACGUUUCUGGUGACAUACCUAUUGUUGAACUAAAUUUUACAUUCCUGGCUCUGGAGAGCCCGUAUGAUCGGGAUACGGUUGAAGGGUGUGUCAAAGAGACUCUGCAGAUCAUGUAUCGUUAUAUCGCCAGUAACCGUAAUGUGCAUUUCACAUUCAAAGAUAUUGGAGUGCUAACGAUACGAAAUAACAAGAUCAAAAUGAAGUUUUAUAGAGAAUUUCUUAAUGCUAUGGAUGGUAGUGGAAGUUUAGUGAAAGCUCUUUCAAAUAGACCCGGGACUGCAGACUCAAUAAAGUCAGUUAGAGAUGUGUAUACAAGUCGACCUGCUACGACCAACUCAGUUUCAUUUCCCAGGAUUUCGCCAGGUGAUCUCAAUGAAAGAAAAUCAGUGCUGUUGUCAAUUAAAGAAGAAAACAACAGAGAAAACCAUGAAGCCCCUUCUAAAUCUGAACAAAAUGAAUUAAACAGAGAAAGUGAACAAAUUGAGAAAAUGAAGGACAGGGAGAAAAGUAGAGAAGCAACAGAAAUGCCUCAUGUCAAACAGUCUUGUGUUAAACAAUCUUUGACUCCUGCUAAAACCUCUGCUGUGUGUCUGACAGAAGAUUUUCAAAAGACUACUGAACCCAAAGAUUUAUUUGAAAGGUUGUCUUCUCCAAAUUGUUGUCUAUCCUGUCAGCCUGGCAUUCAACAAACAAAUCGGCAGUCACUGAAACUCAAAACACCUCCAGCCACCGCCUGUACUGAUCAUUGCAGAGCAGGACAGGAGCUCUGCUACCUUUGCAUGCAACGAGCUCUAAAGAAUUUCCCUAUCGAUGUUUCGGAAAACAGAAGAAGAAGGGAAGAGGAGCAUGAACAAAUAUUACAGCAAUAUCAGCAAAUAAAAGAUCAGCAGGCGCUCUUCCAGGAGCAGUGUGAAAUGUUGGCUAACAGAGAAAUCAACCAAAAGAUUUCAACAUUCAAUAUGGGAGUCGCUGAAGCCAAAAAGAGAAAGAAGAAUUCAAAGUGCAGAGACUCUUAUAAAGGAUAUAUAUUUCAAAACAGACUCUUGACACCACCAGUCUUUCUGAAACAACAGCAGUAUGCACAGUGUCUAACUGAACAGAUUCAAGAGAAAAAGCGAAGAGAGGAAAAAAAGAGACAGGAUGAAGAGUUUAUGGAUCGGUUGGAACAAGUUCAGUUGGCUGAAGAUCUUGCUGUCCAAAGGCAGUAUUAUCAGAGGGAGAAGCAUGAACAAAUUGAGACCUACAAGAAAGCAUUGGAUACACAGAGAAAAGAGAAACCACGUCAAUUACCAGCAUCAGUACCUGAUUCCUUUGAACCAAUCUUUGGUAAUUCUGAGCCAGUUGGAAAGUUAGAAGAACAAAAGCAAGCUGCUUAUAACCUUUACAAAGAGCAGAUGCAGGCUGCUGCUGACCGUAAGAGGAAUGCCAUUCUGAAUCAACUGUAUGAACAGAAAACUGAGUUAGAUAUGCUGGAAAGAAACAGAAAGGGCUUAAUAAAUGAACGUAAAAAACGCUAUGAAGAUCUGCAGAGAAUGCGUAAAGCAUUAGAAGAAGCAUGGAAUGAUAAUAUAACAAUGAAGCGACUGAAAAAUUAUGACGAAAAUCAGUACUCAAAGGCGAGAGGACUUUUCCUACUUGAUCAAUGUAAUAAAUAUCGCCGUUGCUUUCAGUGUAAACGACGUUUAUCAAACUAUGGCCAGACAAAUAUUUGGAACAGUACAUUCAUUACAACUGGAACAAAUUAGUGAAUUAACUUACUCUUAAGACAAUGCACAGUGAACUCCUAUCAAAAUCAUGGAAAUGCCCACAAUUCUCAGUAUCUGAAUUAAUAAUGUAAACUGGUUCAGCAUAUUUCCCUUAGAUUACAGUGAAACUACUGUUGCAAGGGAGUAUAUGUUGUACUGUUAUUCAUUUUUUGUCUAAUCAAGUAGCCUUUCCACCAUUUUAGAAUAAAUCCAUUUUGCAACAUUGGCACUUCUUCAAUCAUUUCUACCCUUGAAUGCAUUGAGGCAAACUAAAACAUUAAUUUUCCUUUGAUAUUAAGAUAUUAAGUAGGGAUUUGGAAUUCUUCAACUCUUUAUAUAGCUGCUCCAGUCAUCUGGAAGCAUCCAAUUGGUGUUGAAAAGAUUUGGAACUGCCACUGAAAUCUGAAUGGGUUACCUAAUAUUUAAACAAAUUUUCAUGUUAGUUCUGACAAGUUCAAUCUCUAUCUGUAGAUAACAUUGUCUCAAAGUGUAGUGGGUCUUGGAUACAAAUUUGGCUAAGUCAAGCUCAGACUUUGGGCAGAAACUUUGGACUUGUUUAGUUUAGUAAAUGAGUGAGCGCAUACUUAAUUUCUUAUACAUUGAGAAACUUGAUCAGUCCAUGAUAUUCCCCAACCCAACCAAAUUCUAGCCAAGCACUUUUCUGAUACACUUGCUCAGAAAAAGUUAUGUUGAUUACCUGAAAUAUAUAAUUUAAUAAAAGGUUAAAAUUUGAAUGCAGGAAAACAAUCUAUAAGUCUAUGUUCUAUGUACUAUGUAUGACAUAGACAAAAGUGGCAAAACAAAAUUGCACACAUUUUUAAAUGCUACAGAUCUGCAUUUUGUGUAUUUGGAAUUCAAAGAGAUUAGAACAUGAGGUUGGGAUGAAUAGAAUCACAUUGUGACAUGUCAGCGCUAUGCUGGACAUCAUUGCUAUAUUAUGCAAAUUGUCUUCAUGACUCUUCUUCCAAACUGCAAGGGACAGUUCACCCAGAAACAUAGGCGCACUGUAUUAACAACAGCAGCAAGACAGCUGCCGCUGGUAGGGCAAACCAUAACAGGUCACCAAAUAUGUUGGCUGCAAGAUCACAUCCCACAACGGAGCCAACCGUUUUCUGGAUCGGGCCAAACUAACUCCAGGUGCUGGAUUGCCAAUGCUAAAGGAGAAUACAUCAACCUGUGUGUGAUGCUGCAGAGCAGUUGGUGACUCAUUGGAUGGACACAUGAAAUCCAUGACAACGAACGUUACCAUUGUAUUGAUCUUCUAUGCAUCGGUGUUCUUUUGGAAUUCCUCUUCUUCCACAAGACCCAUGCGCUGGGUUUCCUAGGCUGCAGUUCAUUGUUGAAUUGAGAAGGUGAUUAAUCAUUGUUCGAUAGCUAGAGAGUUCAGACUCUUCUACUUAUCCUGAUGGUCAGCCAGAGAGGUCCAUUGGCUUUGGUGACCAUUGCAAUGAAAGGUAAAUCAAUUGCACCCACAUGACCAUUGAUGCUCCUUUGGACUAGUCACUAGUUCAUUAGCAGGAAGGGGUUCCACUCGUUCAACAUUAAACUGUCUUACGAACACAAAACAUGCAUCAUGCAGCUGUUUGCCCAUUCUCUCAUAAUGUGUAAUCUACUGACAAUCUCAAGUGCUGCAGCCAUACAAGUGGAUCAUUGGGACAAGAUGUACUCAUGCAAGCAUGGCUGGUGAUGCUGGUGAGAAGGCCAAAUGUUUGAUCUGAGCAAUGGAUCAAGUAGGCCUCCUCUUUUUAUCAUUAUAGUUCUGUUGCCUGGACUGAUAUGGUAGAGUUCUGCAAUAUACCCCAGUGAAGAUUUCCCUUGCUAUUAGGUGCUAUGCUCUGCACAGCCUCACAGAGCAUAAGGAGUGGCAUGCAUUAGGAUUAUUUGGAUAACUAGCACUGCUCAUCUGACAAGAAGGAUGGGAAGGGGACAGAGCAGGCACAGGGAAUGAUAAUUGGGACAAGAUAGAGAUCUGCAAGAGAGUCCUAUGGUUGAGACUCACUUUCAUCAACAUGAAACACCUGACAUGUCUGUUUGGUAAGAACUCCAUGUUGGCUUUGUUGCCAUCUCCUUAUACAAAGUGCUGACAUUAUAUUUAAACUUUACACUCAUUAUUCACCAUCUCCUAGCUCCCUGCCUCUCCAUUUGUCCUUUCUGCACCAUCUGAGGUGAUAAAACUCCAUCUCUCCAAUAUGGGCAGGCAGAUGAGAGUGCAAGGUAUACAUUUGGACCGAGAAGAAACCAUUCACUAUGUUACUGCCCACAUCUCAAAACAUAAAUACUAUUUAACGAGACAGCACAACAUUGAUCAAAUAUAUACCCUUUUAAUAUCUGUGCCUUUCCUGCUGCAUCUACAUACUACCUUGAAAACA